UUUUUUUUUUUUAGUGGUAGAGUCUCGUUUCUUCUUGUUUACAAACGCAGACGCCUGCACACAGAACUUUGCUCGACCGCCUACAUAAAGUCAACAUGCCAAUCUUAGCUUUUUUACGGGGGGUGAGUAACUUCCAGGCAGAGAAACUAUGAAGCCAGGAAUUCUGAGUUUGUUGGUUUUGUUUGUCUUUGACUGGAUCCUGCAUGGUGAAAGUCGAAUCGUCCCUCAGGAGAGCUUUGAUCUGGACCAAUUCAUGGGGAAGUGGUACGAGGUGGCGGUUGUUUCUGACUGUCCUCAUUAUAUGCAAAAGAAGAAGGGAAACCCCGUCAUUGUCAUUUUGGACCUGAAAGCCUCUCAGCAGGGGAACGUCACUGUGCUGGCCACAGUUCCCAGGAAUGGCUCAUGUCAUCAGACAUCCACUCAGUAUGCUUCAACUGACACCGCAGGACAAUUUUUCUACCACGUCCCAAGGCUUGGCGUGGAUGUUGACGCCUACGUAGUCCGGACGGACUAUGACCAGUAUGCCAUGUUGGGGCUGCUGAGCACGGAGAUAGCAUCACAGAACAAGACGACCAUCUUCAAACUUUACAAUCGAUCUUUGGAUGUUAGGCAAGCCGUGCUGGACGACUUCCAGACGCUGGUCCGAACAUAUGGAAUGAGGGAUGACAUCAUUGUUAAUGAGAACAAAGUUAAUGAAACUUGACACACGACUCGACUCUGUUGUCUUGA